AUGGAUCAAGGCGGCGGGGCGCCCUUGGGGGCCGCCAAAAGCAACGAGGCCGCAUGCCCGAUUGACAACCUGCUGAACCCUGCAGCCGUUGCAGACGCCGAGCGGCCGGCGCCGCUGCAGGUCGACACCGAGGCGUACGACGACGAUGGCGGCAAUGGCGACGGCGAUUCGGCCUACGGAUCGGACGGCGGCUCGGCGUACACGGGCUCCGUCACGUCCUCUAUCUACGAUUACCAGUACGAGAACGGGCGCCGCUACCAUGCGUACCGCGAGGGCCAGUACGUGCUCCCCAACGACGACCAGGAGCAGGAGCGCCUCGAUCUGCAGCACCACAUCUGGCGCCUGCUGCUCGGCGGGCGCCUUUACACGGCGGCGCUGCCGGAUCCGUCAACGAAGCCGAACCUGCGCAUCCUCGACCUCGGCACGGGGACUGGCAUCUGGGCAAUUGACAUCGCGGACGAAUUCCCCUCGGCCGAGGUCGCGGGCGUGGACCUGUCGCCCAUCCAGCCCGAAUGGGUGCCCAACAACUGCCGUUUUCAUGUCGACGACUACGAGGACGAGUGGACCUACCGCGACGAGGAAAAGUUCGACUACAUCCACGGUCGCGCGCUGAGCGGCACGUCGUCGGACUGGGACCGCUUCUACAAGCAGGCGCUCCAGCACCUGAAACCGGGGGGCGUGAUGGAGAUGCAGGAGUACGACGCGUGGAUCUUUAGCGACGACGACAGCUGCGACCGCGCCCCGUGGACGAUGGAGUGGGUGAACAAGCUGGACGCCGCCAGCAAGAUGUACGGGAAGCAGAUCAACGUGGCGCAGCACCACAAGCAGUGGAUGAAGGACGCCGGCUUCGAGGACGUCCGCGAGGUGGUGCACAGGAUACCCAUCGGCCCGUGGGCCAAGGACCCCGCGCUCAAGGAGCUCGGCCGCUUCGAGCUCAUCCACAUGCAAAUGUCGGUCGACUCGCACACGCCGGCGCUCUUCACGCGCGUGCUCAACUACUCGGCGGACCAGGCCAUGGUCCUGAUGGAGGGCGUCAAGCGCGAGUUCAGGAGCCGCGACCUGCGACUGAUUACGAGCUACCGCUUCAUAACCGGGCGCAAGGCCUCGACUGCGGCGUAG